UAUGCAAAAUGCGGAUGAAGGGAAUAACGUUGUCGGCUAUACUGGAGCAAGGUGCUACACGACGACGCAAAUCGCCGCCUAAAGAGGAAUGCCCCAAAAAGCAAAAACGUGACUGUUGGCGAAAGAUCGCAGGAGUAUUGAACAAGUGUGAAAGCAAACGGACAGUUGAAGAGCAACGGCUCUUGGAGAGUCAGCCGGAUGUAGUGAAACAGAUCCUCGAGCGUCGUAAACGCAACGUUGAGUACAAGGAACGUGUGCUUGAGACGGAAGAUGACCCGGAAGUUAUCGAACGAAAAGCCUUAAAGCUAGCACAAGCUAUUGCGAAAGCAAAUCAUCUGAUCGUCUAUACCGGAGCUGGUAUAAGUACUUCCGCUAAAAUACCGGACUACCGCGGAAGUCAAGGAAUAUGGACGUUGCUGGAGCAAGGGAAAGACAUCGGAGAGUACGAUCUGUCGCUGGCUGACCCUACCUUCACCCACAUGGCACUCUUCGAAUUACAUCGAAGAGGCAUACUGAAGCAUGUGCUUUCGCAGAACUGUGACGGGCUGCAUUUACGAUCCGGUUUGCCUCGAAUGUCGCUUUCAGAAGUGCACGGUAAUAUGUACGUGGAAGUGUGCAAACAAUGCAAGCCCAAUGCAGAAUAUUGGAGGCUGUUCGAUACGACUCAGUUUACCGCGCGCCAUUAUCACAAGACAAAUCGCCGAUGUCGGCGCUGUGGUGGUCCACUUAUCGACACCAUUGUACAUUUCGGCGAGCGUGGCCAGCUAAAAUGGCCACUCAAUUGGGCUGGUGUGACACCCCAUACAGAGAAGACUGAUUUAAUUCUAUGCAUUGGAUCGAGCCUGAAGGUGCUUCGCAAAUAUACGUGGCUUUGGGCCACCGAUCGGCCGAUAAAAAAGCGACCCAAGAUCUUUAUCAUCAACCUGCAGUGGACACCCAAAGAUAAGGUAUCGACGUUGAAAAUAAAUGGCAAAUGCGAUCAAGUGAUGACGCUGGUCAUGAAGCAUCUCAGUAUCGAGGUUCCGCUGUACAACCGGCUGAAGGAUCCGAUCUUUGCGCAUGCAACGUUGCUGCUGUCCGACGAACAACACACAGCUUCGCAACCAAUGCUGAAGAAAAUCACUGCCACCAAAGAAGAAACAGUGGAGGAAUCAUCGAGCAGCGAACGAGAGAAAGAAGUCAAACUGGAACCGAACGUAGCUGCCAGCACCACCGUGUCACCGCAGCAGAUGUAUUUCAAUAACUUGAUUCUCGCGCAACAACAGCAAAUUAGUAACAAUUAUAAUCUUCUACUAAAUGCUGCUGGUCGUUCGGAAGGGCGAAAUUCUCUGCUGUCCUCCUGCAGCCUUCCGCCACUAGUGCCGUGCUCGAUGACAUCUAGUGACGCUGACCAAAUCAAAAAGGAACCAUCCAAUCUUUCUUUAGGUAAUGAACUAAAACCGUUAUCUCCUCCACCUGUCAACGUUAUUAAAAUCGACACAGCGUCUAAUCUGUUCGGCAACCUGCGACAAGUAUUAAGCACCAUGGCCAAUUCUGGCGAAAAUUCUGCUGCUAUCGAUAGUAAAUCUGAUGCAGUCGGUGAUGAUGGACAAGAAAAACAAUCUCAUAGACCAACGGAAAAGCUUUUGCACGUUCCCGUACCGCUAUUGCUACAACCUGGUGUAACUCUAGUACAGCAGUCAUUCAUGGCAGCGAAUGCAUCAGACAUGAAUAGUCCUAGUUCGGAUUCGCAGCAGAAACCUCCGCUGUGUAACAAAAUACAACUGAUCGUAAAGCCGGUAGUUGUAAGCAAUCCACCAAGCUUGGUGCCGUUGAAUCUUCAUCGUCCGGAAGAUGUGAAGCAAUAUGCGAAUGUGCUUGCCAAUCAAGGCUCAUCCACUGCCCUAAAAGAGGAACCUACCAACGAACCUUCAUUGAUGAGCAAAUGUGUGCCAAAGGAUCUUUUGCAGGAUAAAGAAAAUGGCGAUGUUGAUAAGCUAACUACAAAAAGUGAAAACGUUUCGAACGUACCGUCUCAUUCAGUGAAUAUGACUGAUAAUCCUGUACCGAUGAAGAUGAUACUAGGAAAUAUCGAAGAAAAAGAUAUGUUACAGAAGAACUCUCCAUUAGUGCUGGAUCAAAUUAAAGAAGAACAUAAACCAGACGCAGUGCAAGCUGAACUAACGGAAGAUAUCAACGCAGUAAAGGCGGAAAACAGCAGUGAAACAGAACCGUGCAUAGAAAUGAAAAGCAGUUCGGGUGAAUUAUUAGUUAUGGAACAACUAAAUUCUGCAGAUGAUCAUGGAGCAGGCACUGUAAACAGUCCUUUGUUGUUGAAUGGACCAGAGAAGAAGCCACCGUGUACAGAACACCAAGAAAGUCCAAUCAUAGAUGAUAUAGAAUGCAUUUCUAUACAUUCAUCAUCGUCUGAGAGUGACGGCGAUGAAAGAGAGAUUGAUUUUGAAUCAAAUAUUGCCUGGUUCAGUGUUGGCGCCGCUUCUAAAAUGAUUACAAAACAAACAACAGGUGUUAGUGUACAUACGGACGAUAAAACGAACAUCGAACAACGCACCGAUAAAGAUGCUGAUAAUUCUGAAUUGAGUAGAAUCGAUAAAACGAUACAACAAGAUUUGCUAAGAAUUGCGCAUGCAAUUAAUAUGGAACAAUCGCUUAAUACUCGAUAUGUUCCAACAGAUACAAUUGUUCCUGUCGACCAAGAAGCUAACGAGAUUGAGAAUGAAGUUGAUAAGUCAAUUGCCGGUGUAAUUUCAGAAGCAUCAGAGAUGUUUGAACCAGAUGUAGUGCAAGAUAGCAUGGCAUAUAAUUCUUCAACAACCAAUGAAGUUGUUUCGAUUUUAAAGCAAUCGACAGAUCUAUCUGAUUUAAAAGACAAAUUUGAUCAGACAUCAGAAACAGUUAAUCAGCUUGCAGUACAGUGUGCGUCUUCGCCCAAAGACGAUAACAUUGAAGACGCUUCAACAAACAAUAUAACAAUCGAUUUGGAAGUUGAAGCCAUCGAAUUCAAAGGAUCAACGAAUUCAACAUCAAGCAGAUUAACAGAAGAAAAUCCAGACCACGAUCUAAACGAGAUCUUCUCUUUGGACACAUCGGUAAAUGGCGAUAUGGAACACAACAAUACUGUAACUGAACCAAUGAAAUCCAAGCAAAAGGAUGCAUUUAGUAGUGAAGACUCCAUGGCGUUGAACAUGAAGGACAUGAACAAUGAUAUUAUUGUUGAAGGAGCAACAACGGAUGUAACGGAUACUACCCAUAUAGCUGACCAUUUAUUACCUUUUGAAGGCUGUCCUCCCGAGUCAAACCCUUGCAAUGGAGAUGCAUCGGGUAGUGAACUACAAUCACCCAUUUCGUUCCGGCGAGGUUCAUUUAAUGAUACGGAACCCUUAACUACUAAAGAAAAUGAAGUGGCCGAGGUAACGAUUGAUUUGGGAAGCGAAGAAUCAUGGCGCAAAUAUGAUACGUACGAUGACGAUAAACUAAAUUCAGCCAGCAAAGAUUUAAUACAUUCGGAAAAGCUUCAAAGCGCAGAAGAACUCACUAAUAUUGAAUGUUUGCAAAUCCCUUUGAUUGAAGCGGUGGAUUCAAAUGAGGACAUACCUGAAGAUGGUUCGCCUGUGGCUGCCAGUUCUACCACCAUACAAAUGAAUGGAGAUGCCGAGAAACCUGAUGAUACAUUAAAUGAUGUACUGCAAUCAGAGAAUGCAGUGGUACAACGGUCUAGCUAUUCCGAUGGAGAUGAUCAGCUUGAGUGCGAAAGGCAUUACCAAGAACGAAGAAAGAAUGACAAUGAUGUUACUGCAGUUGAUGAACAUGGAAAUGAGUUGAACCUUGCAUUUCCUACAACAGAGGCAAAAUCUCCUGUGCAAGAUCUUAACAUCGUUGAAUGUAACAAGUCCAAACACCAUGGACAAGUUGCGAAUUUUGAGUCCACCGACAGUGCAGUUCACUCAUUCGGGGAACUAUUUGUCAACCCGGAAGAUGAUGACACAUUAAAGAAAGCUAAUAGUGCAUGUUCUUCACCGGACACGAAUAAUGAUCAUAAAGACCAGGAACUAGACACAGUCACGGAACAGGAAGCCAUCGCCAAAAUGCUGAAGAAACUGCAAAAUGAAACCAACUGUUCAACGAUCACUAAAACGAACGAUGAUAGCACAGUUGACGAAGGAUCUUCAGAUGAAGAAAUGCCACUAGAAAGACCCAAAACUGAUACCGAAGCAGAACUCAUUGGACAGGAAGAAUGUGUUGCCAUGCAUAUCCAAAAGUCAUUGGACCGGCUUAAAGCGAACGAUCAGUUGCAGAUAGUUUUGAACAAUACAUCUGAAAAGGAAAGUUCAAUGGUGAUGGACUUCAAUACCAGUGAUCAACCACCUACAGAAAAUUGUCUUCAAACAGAGAAAGAUGACCAGAAGUGUCUUGACACGAGUAUGAAUUGUGAAAAGACAGCGUCACUUAUAAAACCCACGCCACAUCAAAAUAUGGUCAAAGUUGUGCUCAGCAAUAGUGCUCUUUUCGAGCUGUAUGAAGCUGCUCCAAGGUUCACCGAUAAUUAUCCGCCGGCACUUAAAUUGAUAGCUCCGGUCAAAUAUCAGCUUCCCGCGUCUCAUGUGGUGGGAAAGAUUUCCAACCCAGACAGUCUGCAAACGGUGGAAAGUGUAACUGGUAACGAGAAGACUGACGGGGUUAACCUAGAGCAGCAAGAUUCUAUGCAAACUUCGUCUGGAUUGCAUACAGCGGAUCAUUCUACCAUGACGCCCCGAACUUCCCCUGCACCGCCCUGCAAGAAGAUACAAAUGCCUUCCGCAUUGCUCCUUGCUCCACCGAUGCACUGUAUCAGCAGUGUGCUAAAGGUGACCCCACCAAAUGGUGCUGGUAGCAGUAUUCCACCGGUCAGUAGUGUAGGCGCAAUAACUCCUUCCUUCAUACCCUUGCAAGGAGGUCUAACAACGAACGCCAGUGUGGCGGCGUAUAUGCUGAAGAACAAUAGCUUCAUCGGCGCGAACACGAGGUUCCCGAAUAUUUUGGGCUUUCCCACUGGGCUCGGUACAAAUUUGGUACUUCUAACAAGUCCUCCCAAACAUCAAGUUAUGACCCCAAGCAGUGAUCCGGCGGUCGUUACCUCACCAACGUCCACAACUCCCACAACACCUGCGAAGUCCUUUCGCGUCGAAUCGGACGAACAGACGGACGAAGAGGACGGAAAUAGUAUUAAAAAGCGGCGUUCCAAGCGUCUCGAAUCCGCCCGCCUGCAUAAGCAGCUGGUGACACCGGAAAAGACUGACUCGGAUACCGAUACCACAGGUGACCAGUGGUCGCCUCAGGAAAGGCGGCACAGUAAUCGCUCUAGUCGAUCAUUCGAUGGGACAAAUGAAAGUGACGAAAUGGGUGACAGUAGCUGCGGUGGUGCAGGACGGUCACGCAGUUUCCGCAUACGACGGAAGCCGGAGUAUUUGAACAUCAAACAUCCGGAGAAGAAAAAGAAGCGUACGAAUGAAGAACCGUCGUCGGAGACGGCAACGUGUUUGAAGGCCUCGACGAGCGGUGGUUCUCAGGUGAAGGUGGCAGAUAACAGUGAGCCAGCAACAACGACAACUACUACGGCCUCAUUGUCUACUGGCGCGAGCCGAUUAUUUACGAUCUCGGCUCCAGUUGCAUAUUUUCCGACCCCAUUUGUCUCAUCGUUGGGAGCAAGCUCAGGCGCAAUAAUUUCCCAACAGGAGAAGUACAAACGAAUACUUACUUACUACAACACCGCGAUACAGCAACAUCAGCAGUCCAGCACUCCUAAUGCCCUACCGCAAUGGUACGAUGUGAACUACGCCUACUCCGGUUUGCACAGCAUUAUACAUCCCCCACCACCGGACGUUAACCUGUGGGGUGGAUCAUCGAUCAAAUUGGAACCGCAGCAACCGUUGGAAAUCGAAUGCAAGUUUUGCUUUGAGAACUAUGCCCAGUACAGUUGCCAGUUUUAUCAACCCCAGCCAGCAGAAUUUGCAGUUAAAACGUUUCGUCGGGGCAAGGUGGUCGUGUGCGAAUGUUGCGAUUUUUCCGAUGGAGAAAAUGAGAAAACUCAACCCGAACUGGUGCCCGAAAAUGGUACGCUUGCAUCGUCAUCAAAGGCAGGUGGUAGCGGUGAAGCAAAGUCGUCCGUCUCUUCGACUGGAGCGAACGAUGAAGCGCAAGAAAAUAAACGGCGCCCACUGGCAGAGGAACAAACUAAGGAGGCGGAAGUUAGAUUGUCGAAAAGGCCCAAAUGUGAAUCCAACGCAAUUGCUGACGGUUCUUCAUCUAGCGUCAAUGGCACUGGAACGAAUGGUGCUGCUGCGCACAAACCGAAGGUGAAGCCUGGAUGGUAUGGGAAGGGCUAUCGGAAGCAUUUGCGGCGCAAGAAGCGCACAAGUCAAGGAUAAAGUGGAACGCAAGGUUCCUGAUGUUUACUUCCGUAAAUCUUUAUACUUUAUUUAACAUGUAAAUUUCUCCUUAUUAAGUUAUGUCCUCAAGGUUAGCAUGCAGAAAUCCAUGCAGAACGGCAAUUAGAAAUAGGAAGGUGCCUUGAGAUAGGUGAUACGGGCCAAUUUCUAGUUUCAUUUACACGUGUGUGGUUUGUCUUGCUGUGAAGGUUGUGUGAAAGUAUUAAGUUACAUUUUUAUAUGUAAAGGUUCUCUUUGUUUGCUGAGAAAUAUCGAUCCAAUAGGUAAGAUUUCUGGGCCCAUAAGAAACGAAGAAAACAACUUUGUACAUAAUAUUUUGUAAGUCACGACAGUUAAAACGAACUCACCUUCUGCGGUUAGCCUCCAUCGGUCCGUCCGUACAAGGACUCAAUGCAGCAAGGAAGAAGACCGUUAGAUUCGUACAAGAGUUGAAUGUUUAUAGAAUAGAAAACGUUCGCUAUUUUUUUAAAAUUCCUAGCGUGUGAAGCGAUCUCAAUUUCCUCUUAUAAAAUAGCGUUUAUCUGUCAUGGAUGUGUGCUUUUGAAGGGCCCGCCCAAUAAUUCCAUGUUCCAUCGCGAAUCCCGACGCUAUUCACUCUUACUUGCGCUAUACACGUCAUCGAGACGAAAGCGAUUUGAGUUCUAACAGCAAUCUAUCACGAGGUUUGAAAUACUUUUUCUAUUUAUUUUUGCAUUUAUUUCAAACGGUGUUGAGGUAUUCGGUUUUGUUUGCUCAUUUGUUUGAAAUUUUGUCAUCGUGCUGAUGCAUUUCGUGACUUUAAUCGAACAAGCUGAAAGGCGCGUGGUGCGAAAGGUUUAAAGUUAAAUAAAAAUCAACUCAA